AUGAGGCGUAGCUAUGAGAACGCCCUGAGGCUUCUUGAGACACGAAGGCGGAAAACCCGACCAACAAACCCCGCAGCACCAGCCACACCCCAAGAUUUCGCGACACCUAGCGGUAACCCAACUGUGAAAGGCAUACCUAGUUUGGUUGGAAUGAAGGAAUGGCUGCAGGCGUUAGGACACUCUGAAAACGAUGUCGACAACCUGAAUAUAAUCCAUAUCACCGGGACAAAAGGAAAGGGGAGUACUUGCGCUUUCACCAGGUCCUUUCUCCACACGCAUGGCUUGAAGACAGGAUACCCAAAGCGAAUUGGGUUAUACACUUCCCCUGAUUUGCAAUGCAUCCGGGAGAGAAUACAGAUUGAUAAUCAACCAAUCACGGAAAAUCUCUUCACGCAAUAUUUCUUCGAGGUCUGGGAAACUCUUACGUCCCCGGGCUUAGAAAUAGCUACAGGAACCACAAGACAACCCCGUUAUCUGCAGCUUCUGGCUUUGCUAGCCUUUCAUACCUUCAUCAAGGAAAAUGUCGACGCAGCAAUAUUCGAGACACACCAUGGCGGAGAGUAUGACGCCACGAAUGUGAUACGGAAGCCUGUUGUGACCGGUAUAACGUCUCUGGGGAUGGACCAUGUUGCACAACUAGGCCCUACUGUCGAGGAUAUCGCUUGGCAUAAAUCGGGCAUUUUCAAACCUGGAGCACCUGCGUUCUCUGUCAGCCAGGAGACAGGACCUGGUGAAGUUCUGCGGAAACGUGCGACCGAACGAAAUACUGAUUUGACAUUUGUCUCGUCCUCUCACACCCUCCCUGUCAACGAAAAGGUGCUGAGUGCUCCAGUACAACGAUUGAAUUGCUCUCUAGCCCUUCAGCUAGUUAAAAGAUUUUUGCAGCUCAAGGAUUCCAAGUAUGUACUGGACGACGACGACAUAUCUAGGGGCAUCGACGGUUUCUCGUGGAUGGGGAGAUUUGAGGUGAUAGAAAGUGGAAGGUCACGAUGGUUCUUGGAUGGUGCGCAUAACACGCUGAGUCUUGAACAAGCAGCAGAGUGGUUCUCGAAGAAUAUAAAUGCUGCAGAUGCACCUACAUAUCGUGUCCUUAUCUUCAGCCAUUUUUCUGAAGAGCGAAAUGGAGUUGAUCUACUAAAAUGCCUAGCGUAUGCACUUCCUAAGCACGACGCUAAACCUGAUCACGUUAUUUUCACGACUUACCAGGAGAGAGAAGAUGGGACUACGAGAAUAGACAAAACACUUAAAGUUCCAGAGACUCCUUUUCCGGACCUUUGCGCAAUAUAUACUUCACUUUGGAAAGAAAUCCAUCCUCAUGCUACAGUCUCAACUGAACCAACUAUUCAGGGUGCCAUCAAGCUCGCGGAACGGAUAAGUAUGCAACAAGGUGGUAUGCAAGCUUUUGUUACCGGGAGCUUACAUUUGGUUGGGGGAGCGCUCAAUUUGUUGCGGCCCUAA